ACUACUAAUAUCAUUAGUUAAUUUUGAGCUUCAAUUUUUAUUAUUGACAUGAGCAAGUUUGCAUCUUGCCUACCAAACAUGUUAAUAAUGAAUCGUAGUAGCGUAGGUUGUUUUUUUCUUUACCAUCGAGUUGUUUAUAUUUUUAUUUCCUUUGGCAAUAAAUUAUAAAUUAUAUAGUAACUUUUGUUCAAACUUACUUUAUAGUAAAUUUCAGGACUAAUUAUACAACACACUGAAUUUGACUUGGUGCAGAUACAUGUUGGCGAGUGCCGUGAUCGGAUUGGCAUAUACGCUCCUUCAAACUGCAUUCGCAAUAUUUUACGCGACCACCGGAAAUCGCCUUGGAGGCGAUGGAUUCGCUCUCGUUGACUUCUUCGGUGACAAGGCACUAUCGUACAUAUUGGCAACUGGAGCAGCUGCAGGUUUCGGGCUAGCGGUAGAUUUGAAAAGGUUAGAUAUUGCGAGUGAUGCUGAGCAUAAUUUUCUGAACAAAGGAAAUGCGGCAGCUGGUGUUCUCUUCAUUGGAUUCAUAUUCUCUGCCGUUUCGUCAGUAUUUUCUUCUUUCUCUCUCCCCAAGAGAGUAGCAACCUAGCUAAUUAAUUUAUAUUUUUCUUGAAAAAUAAUAUUUGUAUUUGGGUUUUAAUUUAGUUUUGGAAUUUUAAUUAUGUAUUGUAAACUGUUUUAUGCACGAGGGAUAAAUGAUUGAUGAAAUAUAGUUUGUAUUGAUUUAUUUAA